AAAGCCGGAAGUGGGUUCCCCAAACAAACGGGAGGCGCAGUCAGCUCCGCGUAAGUGGAAGCGCGGUAGCUCCGGUGACUUGCAGCCUACAGCCCGCGUAGCUCCGGUGCCCCGUAGCCACCCACCACCACCCCACCCCCGGGAGAAGCGGCAGGACCAUGUCGAACAUGGAAAAGCACCUAUUUAACCUGAAAUUUGCUGCAAAAGAGCUUAAUAGGAAUGCCAAAAAAUGUGAUAAAGAGGAGAAAGCUGAAAAGACCAAGAUUAAAAAGGCCAUUCAGAAGGGCAAUACAGAAGUUGCACGAAUACAUGCAGAAAAUGCAAUCCGACAGAAAAAUCAAGCAAUUAAUUUCUUGAGAAUGAGUGCUCGAGUAGAUGCUGUAGCAGCUAGAGUUCAGACAGCUGUGACAAUGGGCAAGGUAACUAAAUCAAUGGCAGGUGUAGUUAAGUCUAUGGAUGCUACACUGAGAAGCAUGAACCUUGAGAAGAUAUCUGCCUUAAUGGACAAAUUUGAACACCAGUUUGAAACAUUAGAUGUUCAGACACAACAAAUGGAAGAUACUAUGAGCAGCACUACAACACUAACAACUCCACAGAACCAAGUAGAUAUGCUCCUUCAAGAAAUGGCAGAUGAAGCAGGCCUUGAUCUCAACAUGGAACUCCCACAGGGUCAGACUGGUUCUGUUGGUACAAGCGUUGCUUCAGCAGAACAGGAUGAACUAUCACAGAGACUUGCCCGCCUCCGUGAUCAAGUGUAACACAAAGAAAAUGAUGCUGCUGUUCACUACACUUACUUCUGAAACCUCCUGUGUGUAUAUCUGUGUGUAUGUAUUUGUCUCUGGAGAGAGAGUGUGUGUAAGUGUGUGUAUGUAUGUGUGUGUAGAUAUAUAUGGAAUGUUCAAAUACUCUUGGUAGAAUAAGAUAACUUCGGGCCUACAGUUCAUUAUAAAUAUGAUAAGAAGUUCGAGGGAGCUUACACUCUUACUGGACUUUGUAACUCUGAACAGCAUGGGUUGAAAUGUGAAGGCUAUCUUUUAUAAGUGUCUUACGUUAAAACUAGAGUUUAACUCAUUCUGUUUGAAACAUCUUCAUGAAAUGUUGAAUCAGAAUUACAGUACCACAAUACUUUAUUUCCUGUAUAGAAUUAUUAAGUUGAAACAUUUUAAAUCCCAUGUUCUUUUUAUCUCUAUAGAACUGAGGUGAUAGUUUAAAAAAAAAAAAAGUAGAAAUGGAAUAGGACUAGGGAAUCUCAAUCUCUCUCUCUCUCUCUCACUCGCUUUCUCUCUCUCUCUCUCUCUCUCUCUCACACUUGCUCACAUAGCCCAAUAUAUAUACAUCAUUCCCCAUUUUGGGAUGAACAGUACUGUGUGCAUGUUAGCUUGUUUUUAGUCUGUAUUCAUAUUUUAAGCUUAUAUUACCAUAGGCAUUUUCCCAUCAUAUUCUGACUAUGUAUAUGUGUGUGUAUUGCAUUUGUGCUCUAAAAUCUUCAUGAGAUUAUCUUCACCUAUAAUUACCUGGAAAAAAGUGACAUAUUACUUCAUUUGCAGGAAAUAUUAAGACUCAUUCACAUUUGCUCUUUUCAAGAUCUGGUAGUUAACUCACAGCCAUAUUUGGACUUCCCUAUUUCUCUCUUCGAUGAAAUGACAAAAUUGAGAAAUUGGCCUGCCAGAUUUUUAUUAGCCAAUAUUUUUAUAGUAAUUUAUGUGAAACUCCUACCAUGCACAUUCCCAGGGACUGUUGUUGAUUUAUUUGGGGGAAAACUAACCUCUUGUUUUUAUUUUUUUUAAACAUGAAUUUUAAAAACAAAGAAAUCAACUAUCCUUGAAACUAAAUGCAUUAGUCCAUUAUGUCUUAAAGCUGCACCUCAUUACUCAUUGGGAAUCUAAAGUGGAUCGGGAGAUUUUAAGUUUGGACAUACAAGCAACACACUCAUCUAGUCAAAUGGAAGUUCAUAUAGUUUGAGGGUAUUUUGAGUAGGAGUGGAAAUUGACUUAGUCACUGAAUUUGGUUGCCCAGGUGUCCAUUCAGCCUCUUAAAAUGGCUGGUUUAGUUUAUUGUAAUGUACAAUCUUAACCGGUAUUUUUGUUGUUUUAAUUUAAUAGUCACAAAAUGGUGGCAAAACCAGUCAGUUACUGAUACCUUGUUGCAGGUAUAUAAAUGGAAGUUCAAUGAAUACGUGUUAGGGGCAGAGCUUAUCCCUCUAAUGAAAGAUUUCCAUAUAAAAGAAUUGCAAUGAUCGUCUUUUGUUUUGUUUUUUUCCAAAUAAGAAAGUUUUAUUGAGGACGAAUUCUCCCUGUUGUUAGUCAGGAAGGCAUUCAAAGUGCAAUUACAAGAACCUUUUGCCAGACCUUUCUUAGCCAAGUGUUACCAUUCAUACAGAGUAUUUUCCACUGCGAGUAAGUGUUUGAAUGAAAAAUUUAUGAAGUAAAUAUAAUGAGAAAUAACUGGCUUGUUUGUUGGAGCAUUGUACCCUAUGUAUGCAAGUUUCUUGGUAUGUGACCAGUGUGUUUCUGUCUCUGUGUGGACAAGCCUGUAUUUUGUUAAAUGAGUGAUGCUUCCCCCCCCCCCCUCUGUAUGAAAGUGAUUGGUGUGUUUGUUUCUAUUGAAAUAUUCUUGGGAGCCAGAGAAGAGAAUUAUCACAGACCGAAAUGCCUAUGAAGUACAAACUCUCCUUAUUUACCACUAUUGAAGUAACUUGUUCUUUUGACUUGGACAAAAAGAUUAUAAUUAAAAAUCUGUUAACUUGUG